AUGGGGGCGCACGGCGACUAUUGGUUUUCAAAAGCAACGGCAGUAAUUCCACUAGCUUUAAUAAUUAUACUACUCUUUACUGCAUCCGCCGGUGGCGGGAAACACAUUGUAGGAGGCUCCAUCUGGUCGAUCCCUCCGAGCGUUCACUUCUACAACAACUGGUCGACUUCUCAAACCUUCUUCCCUGGCGACGUUCUCUAUUUCGAUUUUGAAUCAGAAAUGUACAAUGUGCACCAAGUGCUUUCGGAUGAGUACAGUCAUUGUGAAUCCACCCUUUCGCCAGUAAACGCUUACGAAGAAGGGCCGGCGUUGGUAACAUUACCAGAAACAGGUGAAUAUAUGUUCUUAUGCCCCAUGUUGAACUACUGUUCCCAGGGAAUGAAAAUGAUGAUAUGGGUCAGACUGCCCGCCGCUUCUACUCCACCGGUUAGGGUACUGCCUUGA